AUGACUGAUCCCUCUGUCGAAAAACCCGCCUCCGCUGAAGAGCUCGAGUACAACAAUGCCACAAAUCACAAGAUCCCCGCCCCAACCAUCCUAGCCCAGAACAACGAGGAGCUCGCCCAGUUCUACGCCUCCUUCGAGCAGAAAGAUGAGGAGUGGAAAUCCCACAUGGAUCGCCUGGUCACCCGCAAGAUCGAUAUCAAACUUCUACCGAUGCUGGGUCUCAUGUAUCUUCUCAACUUCCUCGACAGAUCAAAUCUCGCUCAGGCUCGCCAGGGCACGCUCGAAGAGGACCUCAAUAUGACCGGCACGGACUACAAUCUCGCCACUAGUAUUCUUUUUGUCGGCUAUCUUCUGAUGCAGCUACCCUCGAAUCUUCUCAUCACUCGCAUCAGGCCAUCUGUCUUCCUUGGCUGCGCCAUGGCCGUCUGGGGCCUGAUCUCGGGUCUCCAGGCCUGUCUUCAGAGUUUUGGCGGUCUAAUUGCUUGCAGAUUCACUCUUGGAAUAGUAGAGGCGCCGUUCUUCCCCGGCGCUGUCUUCCUUAUGAGUUCCUGGUACAGACGUCCCCAGCUCGGCUUGCGCAUCGCAAUCUUCUACUGUGGAAAUGCCAUCGCCCAGAUGUUUGGCGGUCUCCUAGGCGCCGGAGUUUUAGGAAACAUGCAUAAUGCCCAUGGCAUUGCUGGCUGGCGCUGGCUCUUCAUCAUCGAAGGCUCAAUCACCGUUGGUGUCUCCAUCGUGUCUGCCUUUAUCUUACCAAACUUCCCCAGCUCGGCUUGCAAAUGGCUCACGCCUGAGCAGCACGCUUUUGCUCAAUGGCGAGUCGCCGUCGACUCACACGAGUCUGACGACCUGGGAUCUGUCACCGUCAAGGACGGUCUUCUGAUGGCUCUCCGUGACUAUCGCCUCUACGUCUUCCUGUUUCUCCAGCACACCUCCUUGCUCACCCAGACCUUCCAGUAUUUCUUCCCGGCUAUCGUCAACAGUCUUGGUUAUGGAAAAAUUGAGUCACUGCUUCUCACCGCUCCCGUCUGGUUUGCAACCUUCCUAGUUUCUCUCUUGGUUACAUACACCUCAGGCCGUUUCCAUGACCACGCUUGGCACAUCUUUACCCUGCUUCUCAUUUCCUGUCUUGGAAACAUCAUCAUGAUCUCGACCCUCAACACCGGCGCUCGCUUCUUUGCCAUGUUUCUCUUACCCAUCGGCGCCUACUCCGCUUACGAGAUCAUCGUUGCCUGGGUCGCAAACUCUUUCCCGCGUCCGACAGUCAAACGAUCUGCCACGGUCGCCAUCUGCAACAUGUUUGGAAACACGGCAACAAUCUACGGUGCUUACAUGUACACUGACGGACCCCGCUAUGUGGCGGGAGGUGCUGCUGUUGCAGGCGUCUGUGUUGUUGUCGCCGUCACCGCUCUCUGUAUCCGUGUUAUCCUACGCAGACAAAACUCUCAGCUGGAAAAGUCGGAGAAUGAAAAGAUUGCCAGUGGUAUCGAUCCCCUGACAAUCAACGCCUAUGGCUUUCGUUAUAUUUUGUAA